GAAGGUUUGGCUAUCCUCCUCUCGUCAUCCAUCUCAAAUGACGAUCAUGCACCAUUAAGUCAAGCUGGUAAAAGAAGUAUGUGGAAGCUAGCACAACGCAUGACGAAUAAUUUUUGUUCUGGGGUUUGUGCUUCAUCUGAAAGGAAGUGGGACAACCUUCAAAUGGGGACCUUGAGUGAUGACGUGAGAGUUAUGAUUAGGAACAACUUUGAUGACCCUUGCGAGCCUCCGGGUAUUUGUGCUCAGUGUUGCAACAUCUAUUUGGAUGCCAGUUUCCCGACAAAUACUGUUUGAUUUUCUGCGUGAUGAACGCCUUAGAAGCAAGUGGGACAUUUUGUCAAAUGGCAGAACAAUCCAAGAAAUGAUUCACCUUUCUAAAGGUCAAGGACAAGGAAAUUAUGUUUCUGUCCUUCACGCUAAUGCCCUUAAUGCGAACGAUAGCAGCAUGUUGAUUCUUCAAGAGACGUGGAUGGAUGCGUCUUGUUCCGUGGUGGUCUAUGCACCGGUUGACUCGCAAUCAUUGAACGCAGUAAUGAGCGGUGGAGAUUCUGCAUAUGUUGCAUUCUUGCCUUCGGGCUUUGCCAUUCUUCCUGAUGGUAAUAAAUCCUCUAGCUAUGGUGGAUCAUAUGAGACUUCACAAGAAGGCGACGGAGGUGGAAGUUUGCUAACCGUUGGAUUCCAAGUUCUGGUCAAUAGUCUUCCAACUCCCAAGAUCAUAAUGGAAUCUGUGGACACCGUGAAUAAUCUUAUCUCAUGCACCAUUCAGAAGAUCAAAGUUGCACUAAGAGAUACAUAA